AUGAAGCGCAAGAGAAAUUCACAUGAGGGGCACCCGCACAAGCGGCUCAAGUCAUCACCCACGAUUCCGAAUCCUCAUCAAGCGACGCGUCAAUCACGCGUUCUCAAUUCGUGUUACCCAUCAGUCUUGGCUUUGAGGGAGUUCCUCAGAGCUCGCCUACCGCAGAAGUCCUUUCGGCGCAAGAAGCUUAAUGCAUCUCUUGGAGAGCAGGCUGAUGUCGUGCUUGACACCUGGAAGGUUGGCCUUCGGGUAGAUCCUUCACCCGAAGUCCAACGUGCGCGAUCAACAGAGUUUGUUGCUUUCACCCAGACACAACUACGCCAAAGUUUGACGCAUACACACCGUACCCAGACGUGCUCCGUUGAGGAUGUGCUCAGUUUCGUCGUUUGGCACUUGUUCAAGAACUGCAGCAAGGAGGCUUUCCAUCGACCCAAUAAUGUUCUUUGCAAUGGCAUGCAGAAGGGCAUCGAUCAUGAGGGCUCCCUGAUCGCGCCAGGCGUCGUGCAAGUGCAUCCAAAUGAGAGCUUUUCAUUGUUGAAGAGCCCGGCUUGGACACUCAUCUUCGCUGCACUGGGAGCCGAUGGUCAUGCAAUUGUUGCAAGUCUGUUGCUAGAUUGCGGAGUGUUCGCUCUGCUCAAUGGUGGAGAGGACAACUACUACCAAAUUAGUGGCACACCGAUCAACAACCUCAAGUCGGACACGAAACGGCUCGAUGUGCUCGUUGAUGAGAAUGCUAGGAAGACCGCUCCUGAAGGCCCAAGCGCGAUCGCACUCGUUCGCAAUCGCAUGUUGUAUGCGAGACCGUCAAUCAAUGCCAAAGGCUCGGUACGGUUCGGCUUGAAACAUAUUCAUGUUCUGCAGCGCUACUCCAAUGUCAAUGAUGGGAGCGAGACGGUCCAUUUCCUGAAGCACCUCUUUCCCAGGCAAUUUGAUCUCCACAAUGUCUUCACGUACAAGGUCGAUCGAAGGACCACAGCACAGCCAUUGUCAGACUAUAUCUACCGCGAGGAUGAAAUCAAAGCACAAUCCAAACAUCCUCCGACAUGGCUACCUCGUCGACUGAGAGGUCCCAUUCUCAAAUUGGCUGCGAGUAUCAGGCGCCGGCAUAAGGGUUGUGCAUAUACCCAGAAAUUGCGACACUAUUGUGCUCUGGGCCUAACUGAUCAUGACGAGAAAGCACCGGUUGGCGAAGAGACGACGAUCUCACAAAACAGCUCGACUGUCUUUGUCACACAAGUCUUGCUAUCAAGGCAAGCCAAGCUGCAGUGUCCUCUGCAGCCCGCGAAGGUCAAGCACGAGCAGUCGUUUCUUGCAUAUGCGACACCAACAAUGAGCGUUGUUGCCUUCUGCAAAUCUGUCAUACUGACAUUACUGCCACCCUCUGCCUUCGGGGUCGACAUCGAUGGCAAGCACAAUUGGAGAUGCCUACUGAACCAUGUGGAAACCUUCGUACAGAUGCGACGCUUCGAGACUACCACCCUGCACCAUUUGUGUCAAGGUCUUCGACUAAAUUCUUUGACUUGGUUGGUUCCUCCUGGCAUGCCACAGAACCAGCGAAUCUCUGUGCAGGAAAGAAUCAAGCGUCUUCAGCUCCUAUGGGAAUUCAUGUACUACCUUUACGAUUCGAUUUUGAUUCCUCUCAUCCAGGCAAACUUCUAUGUCACAGAAGCCGGCACACAACGCAACAGGCUCUUCUAUUUCCGACAUGAUGUCUGGCGCAAGCUAGCUGAGCCGAGUCUUCAUGUGCUCAGGACUGGGAUCUACGAGCAGUUGCAACCAGCGCAAGUGAAGCAGAUGCUGAAUGAUAGAGCACUUGGCUACAGCAAUGUACGGCUGUUACCGAAGAACGAAGGCGCAAGGACUAUCACCAACCUCAGGCGGCGGACAAUUUCCAUGGUCAAAGGCCGUCGCAUACUGAGUCCAAGUAUCAACGUCCAACUUGCACCUGUGUUUGGGGCGCUGUCUUCGGAGAGGGUCUCGGAUCCAGAUCGACUUGGUGGAGCCAUACUCUCGAUAAGCGGUCUCCACGACCGCUUGAAAAGCUUCAAGAAGCUUGUGCUGCCGGGCUCGCCACUGUACUUCGCCAAAGUCGACGUACAGUCGUGCUUCGAUUCGAUCCCGCAGCAGAGACUGCUCGCUAUCAUCCAGGACGUUCUUGCUUCGCCAGCAUACAGGACGAGCAAAUACGUUGAAAUACGAGCUGCGACGGACAAUCUGACGAGACCACGUUAUGUCAGUGUCGCGGCACCAGCGAACGACAAUGCCGUAGUCUCGCUACGUAAGGCAGACAUUAUAGCCACUGACAAGACUGGACGUGUGAUUUCCGAGAUUGGGAACCAGAGAGUCUGGUCGAUCAAGCGACUGCUCGAUCUGCUGCACCAGCAUGUCCAGAACAACGUUGUCAAAAUCGGCAAGAAGCACUAUCGCCAAAGAGAAGGCAUUCCUCAAGGUCAGUACUUUCAAGUCUACUGUGUAGCUUUUUCUACACCUCUUUUGAACACCAGCAACUCGCCUUCCUCGACCCAACCACGUGUCUACUUGUACGCCUGA